GCCUGCCGAUUCCUCCAUCAGAUCUUGGCGGGCGUCGAGCGCGUGCACGAGACGAAUGUCGUCCACCGCGACAUGAAGCCUGAAAACUUGCUUCUCGACGAGCGUGAGUGCAUCAAGAUCGUUGACUUCGGUCUGAGCAACACCUUCCAGGAUGGGCAGCUCUUGCAAACAGCUUGUGGCUCUCCAUGCUAUGCCGCACCUGAGAUGAUUGCGGGAAAUCAGUAUUUCCCACCGAUGGUGGACGUUUGGAGCUGUGGGGUCAUACUGUUUGCGCUGGUCUGCGGCUUCCUUCCAUUCGAGGACCAGAACCACGCGGAGCUGUACAAGAAAAUCCUCAAUGCCGAGUACGAGACACCCAACUUUGUCAGCCCAGAGGUGACCAGCCUCAUCGCCGGUAUGCUUACUACGGAUCCAGAGAAGCGGAUGUCCUUGAAGGACAUCCGGAAACACCAGUG